AUGCAACUCCUUGCUGCUUCCACCUUUGCCAUCCUCGCCGGCCUCGUCGCCGGCAGCGCGCCCUGUCCCACGGUGACCACCACCGCAGAGCGGUGCAGCACCUGCGUCGUCCCGGCCUGCUUGGCCAUUUCGACCGUGCAUGUGCCCAGCGGCUGCGGCGUGGCCACCUCGACGGUGUCGUACCCGUGCGCCGAGGGCAACUGCCCGAAGGGGUGCGCGUCCACGAGCUACGUCUACUCUCUCGACUGGCACGAUCCCACCGGGGCGCCGCCUCAGCCUACUGCCACCGACGGUCCGGCCUGCCGUCCUAAUUAG